GUGCUCGUCAAGCUGGAUCAGCUGACUGUGGCGAGCUUCUGCUUUCACGCUCUUCCUCGGUGUUUCUUCCUCCCACGGCAGCCGAUAGCGCUGUCUAAAGCCAAAUAUUUUUUAAGAAUAUCUUUUUUUUUUUUUAAUAUAGUGUCUUAUUUGUUGUCUGCAAGGGAGCUUAAGGUUCGUUCGCUUCUUUCCUUUGGCACACCGAAGCCGAAUCGAUGCUGCUAGAGUGGAUGAUGGACGGACACGCCAUUCUUUACACGGGGGUCACUUUGGCCUUCUGGAGCACCAUACUCGUCGUCGGUAUAUGCUACACUAUAUUCGAUUUAGGAUUCCGCUUUGACGUGGCAUGGUUCCUUACAGAAACGUCGCCUUUCAUGUGGGCUAAUCUGGGCAUCGGCUUGGCCAUCUCGCUGUCUGUAGUGGGAGCAGCUUGGGGAAUCUACAUCACUGGCUCAAGCAUCAUUGGUGGCGGUGUCAAGGCUCCUCGCAUUAAAACCAAAAAUUUAGUCAGCAUCAUUUUCUGCGAAGCUGUUGCGAUCUAUGGCAUCAUCAUGGCUAUUGUCAUCAGUAACAUGGCCGAGAACUUCAGCGGAACAACUCCUGAGACCAUUGGGGCAAAAAACUAUCAAGCUGGCUACUCCAUGUUCGGUGCGGGCCUGACUGUGGGCUUCUCCAACCUCUUCUGCGGCAUCUGCGUGGGAAUCGUGGGCAGCGGGGCGGCGCUGGCCGACGCCCAGAACGCCAGCCUCUUCGUCAAGAUCCUCAUCGUGGAGAUCUUCGGCAGCGCCAUCGGCCUCUUCGGCGUCAUUGUGGCCAUCCUGCAGACGUCGAAAGUAAAGAUGGGCGACUAGAAGAGGACAAGAGGAAGUUGACAACACCGCUGGAAAAACACGAUGUGUAAAUAAUACACCGUAAAUUAUUUAAAUGUUCGGUUUGCCGCGUAUUGUUUGUCAUUUCAAGAACAGCUGUUUCUUCACACUAUGAAUGAUGGUUGAAAAUGACACUAUAAAGUAUUUGAACAUAUUUGUGUUGUGUGUGUGUGUGUGUGUGUUGCUCUUCACGUGACGCAUGAGGUUGUUUAUUUAGCCUUUGUUCAUUCUGGUUGCCUGGUUUGUCAGACCUGCUUACUCAGUAGCGCCGCCUGGAACGUGAGAGUAUUGCACCCAGUACCAGUUUUACCUAUCGGCGAGUGAUUUGGGGCGGGGGGGGGGGACAUUUCUGUCAUGCCAUGACACAAUGCAAAGAAAAGUCUUAAAGACCCAUGCCUGAAAUUGAACAGUAAGUCAGACAUUUUGGGCAAAUUCCAGGGUGAUCUCCUAUGAGGGAAUUCCCCCAAAUGAGCCCCGAUCAGAAACGGGGAUCCUAGACAGAUGGCUGACGCGAAAUACGAAGCCUUUUUGGCUGUAGCUAAUGAAUUGUCAUUUUGGGAGCCUCAACAUGCCCGAAACUCAACGUUUUGCAAGUGCGUGCAUCCUGUUGAGAAUAUUUCAGUGUCACCAAUAGGCAUGAAAUUGGGGAGACAUGUCUAACAUGAACAGGAUGCAUUAACAAGUCUCAAGGACCCAUGCUCAAAAUUGAACCAUUUUGGUUGGAAAUAGCCAUUUUGGCCAAAUAUCAAAGCUAUAGUACCGAUGAGCUUGUAAAAAAAUAAUGUAAACUACUUUCAUUCCCCCCCCCCCUUAUGAAUGUGCUUUUUUUUUGCACUGUUAUUGUCUUCAUCUUUUAUAAUUCUAGUAUUCCAUAUCCUCGUCACAGCUUCGAGUAAAAAUGAAGUUAUGUCAGUUUGACAAACCAGGCUAACCUAUGAAUCCCCCUCUUGUAAUUAUUACCCUGAAGUUGUGAAAGACUAUUAACAUGCAUUUAAUUGUGAUAAUUGUUACAAAUGUGAUUGAUGCCAGCCCUCCCACCGACGUAAUCAAUCCUGAAGGAAGGCCUGUACCAAACUCCAAAUUCGUCGGUGUGUGAAAUUAUGUUGACGUGAUGGUGAAAAGAAAGUAAAUGUCCAAUAAAUAAAAAAAUAAAAAAAACAGUUAAUUGUGUCCUCAUAAAUGUCUGUGGACGUAAAAUAAAAACUAUCCAACCACAA